AUGGGGAAUUGUUGUUCAUACAAGAGAGGGAAUGGUGAUAUAGAAAGCGCUGAAGAUGCACAGAAAAUAUUGGAGGAGCUGACCAACUCGGCCCUGUCCCACCAUCACCACCACCAUCAUCACCACCACCACCAUCACCAUCACCACGGAGCCGCCAAGCGCCUCUCUUCCAACAUGUCCAACGAAAUGAAGCCACUACACCAUCACCACAGCAGCGUCGUAGGCAACAUUGAAACGAGUAACAAGAGACACUCGAUCAAGAGCAAGAUCACCAUUGCCGAAGAAGACGAAUACAACCGUAUUGGAGGAACCACCACCACCAACAACAGCACCACCGCAACCAAUAUUAGCAGUCUGUCGUUGAAUAGUGCCGAUACCACAACUACGGGCAGUAGUUCAUCAUCUUUAAAUUACAAACCACAACAACAACCAACAACAGCACCACCACUUCAACUCGAAGUCAUCGAUAGCUCUGAACAACAACAUUUUUAUCCAAAGACAACCGGAUUUUCACAUACUCAUCAAAGACAACUUUCAACUGAAAAAGUAGGAGGAAGUUUCGGACCACAAUUUAAAACUCCAAUUACAUCAAUACCACAACACAUGCGCAUGGAGGGUUUCCAAAGAGCCAAACACAACUCUACCUCUUCUCUUUAUAUCAAGAGUACCCUUUCAACUCCCGACAAUGACGAAAUUUUAAGAUGUAUGUCAUGUGCUCUCCUUUAUCAUAUCGAACGUGGAACACAUAAUCCUACACAAAAAACUUUUGAUAUAUUUAGUGAAGAAAAAUACCCAAUUACCAAAGGAAAAGUUGAAAUCAAGACAAUUCCAUCUGUAGAUAUUAUUUAUAAGUUUGUACGAGAUAUUUUCAAGGCCGAAAGAUUGGAUUCAGAAUGCGCCAUCAUGUGUUUAGCCUAUGUAGAAAGAAUAAUAGCAUUGUCUGGAAUCACCAUUAAUCCAUCGGCUUGGAGAAGAAUCGUUUUAUCGGCAUUGAUUCUUGCCUCUAAAGUUUGGGAAGAUCAAUCGGUAUGGAAUGUAGAUUUUCUCCCUGUCUUUGAUAAUCUGACAGCCACAGAUUUAAAUAAUUUAGAAAGACAAUUUUUAUCUUUAAUUCAAUACAAUGUUAGUCUAACUGCUUCUGUAUAUGCUAAAUAUUAUUUUGAACUACGAACAUUUUCCAAAUUGGAUUCAAAUCAUUUCCCAUUGAGACCAUUGGAUAAAAUUGGUGCCAAAAGAUUAGAAGAUCAUUCACAGGCAUCGGAAAGUAGAGUUAAAACAUUCAAGAGAAGCGCCAGUGUCGAUCAAAUCAAUCCACCAGAGUUACACACUAGGGCCGUAUUGAAUUAA